AUGGCAACAGCAACAGUAUUAACGAAGUCUACUACUACUACAUUAGAAGAUCGUAAAGAAGAAGAUAUCUAUACAUCAUUAGAGAAUAUUGGAUUACCUUGGUUAUAUUUUGGUGAUAAAACUAUGGCUAAAGAUAUGCAUAAUCUAAGACAACAUCAUAUUAGAUAUAUACUUAACUGUACACCAACUAAAACAGAGGGUGGUAUACCCAAUUAUUAUACUACUACCACGUCCUCAGUGAAUGCGGGUAUUAAUAAAAGAAGCUUGGGUGGUAUGUUCGAAUAUUGUAGGAUACCAAUGCAAGAUAAUGCUACUGAGAGUUUAAGUAUAUGGUAUGAUACUGCAUGGAAUUUUAUAGAUAGAUGUCGGAUAAGGGAGGAUGGCAAUAUACUCGUACAUUGUAAUUGGGGUCAAUCUAGAUCAGUUAGUAUCAUUAUAAGCUAUCUAAUAAAAUAUUAUCGAUAUACAUACGAUGAUGCAUUAGAAGCAGUACAGAAAGCAAGACCCGAAGCUUCACCUAAUCAAUCAUUCGAAAAACAGCUUAUUAAAUUAUCCAAGGAAUUACAAAGUAGGAUCACUACUACUACCAUCACUAACAACAAGUAG